AUGAUCAACUACUACGCCCCCGUCCUCUUCCAGGAGAAUAUGCACAUGAGCCGCAACCUAGCCCUCGUCCUCAGCGGCAGCCGCGCAGUGCACCUAUCUCGUCGGCAGCGCCAUCCCCCCGUCCUCCUGAUGGACCGCUUCGGCCGCCGCACGCUGCUGAUGCGUGAGGGCGCGGCGUACGGUACCAUGGCGUUUAUUUUUGUUUUCCAGCUGUUCUAUGGUUUGGGUUGGUUGCCUGUACCGUGGUUCUAUCCGGCGGAGAUCAAUACCACGCGCGCGAUUGCGUCCGGGUGGAACUGGAUGGCGGUUUUUGCGGUGGUGAAGAUUACCCCGACUGCGUUUGGUCUGCGUUUGCGAAUAUCGGGUGGAAAACGUUCAUUAUCUUUGGCGGUGCUGAAUGCCGCCUUCAUCCCCAUGGUCUACUGCUUCUAUCCUGAGACUAAGGGCCUGGAGCUGGAGGAUAUUCCGCUACUCUUUACCAAGGGGGGAGUUACUGGUGGCGUCUUGACGUCCAAGGGAGGUCGAACCGUCACCCCGGGGCAGCAUGCUCGGGAUGUCCACGACAGGAAGGUGGAAGUGCAGUGA